AUGGAGAGACCAAGCAACAGGGUAUCAAAGAAUAGUGUCGCUCACAAUGUGUCAUCCGCCUCUGUCAGAAGACGUGUAGGAGAGCUAAGUGACUCCAUGAGCAGGAUGAGCAUUGACGAAAGAAGGGGAGGGAGUGGAAAUUUCACCUAUAAUGCUGACAAGCAGAUUGGCCAAGGUAGCUUUGGUGUUGUCUACCAAGCCACAAUCGCUGAAACCGGCGAAACUGUUGCCAUAAAAAAAGUCCUACAAGACCCUAGGUACAAAAAUCGCGAACUCCAGAUAAUAAAGGAACUGACGCACCCAAAUAUCGUGACAUUCCGCCAUGCAUUCUAUACAAAUGGUGAAAAGCCAAACGAGCUCUACCUCAACGUCGUUAUGGACUUUGUCAACGAAACAGUGUACCGGGUGACUAAGCACUACAACAGAAUGAGGCAGCCAGUGCCGAUUUUGCUAGUAAAGCUUUAUAGUUACCAAAUAAUGCGAGCACUAGCUUAUAUCCACGCUAUGGGUGUUUGCCAUAGAGAUAUCAAGCCUCAAAAUGUGCUCGUCGAUACUAACUUUCACCGUAUUAAGCUUUGUGACUUUGGGUCAGCUAAGAAAUUGGUCAAAGGAGAGCCUAAUGUUUCUUAUAUAUGCUCGAGAUAUUAUAGAGCUCCUGAACUGAUUUUUGGAGCUACUGACUAUACACCUGCAAUUGAUGUUUGGAGCGCAGGUGCUGUCGUUGGGGAACUUCUGUUAGGACAGCCUCUCUUCCCAGGUGAAAGCGGUGUUGACCAGCUUGUAGAAAUCAUAAAAAUAUUGGGCACUCCCACGAGGGAACAAAUUCGUGACAUGAAUCCCAACUACACCGAAAAUCACUUCCCUCAAAUAAGGCAACACCCUUGGAAUCGAGUCUUCAAGUCAAGAACUCCACAAGAUGCCAUUGACUUCGUCUCCACCUUGCUCGUUUAUUCUCCGAAUUUGAGACCGACAGCUUUAGAGUCCUUGCAGCAUCCUUUCUUUGACCAGCUCAGAGAUGAAGCUACCCGACUGCCAAACGGAGACCCACUUCCUCCUCUUUUUAACUGGACUGCGGAAGAACGAGAAAGAUACAACCCAGACUUGGUCAGAGCUCUAACCCCAUCGUGGUACCAGCCUUCUUAA